UAGUGGCCCUACAUCCACUCAACAAACAGGACCCAAGGUAGACCAUACUCUACGAACUACAUUGGGCCACUAUAUGUACACCGAGGCAUCAUCGCAAUCACCCGGUGAUUACGCAAUCAUGCGAUCACCUGACAUCGUCCACCUUGACAGCAGCACGGCUAAGAACCUCUGUUUUGCGUUCUCCUAUCACAUGUACGGACUCCACGUAGGAACUCUCGACUUGUACUUCUCCAAGUCGGCGACCAGCAUGCACAAGGGCGAUUUGGUGUGGUCGAUGAGUGGCGAGCAAGGGGAUCGCUGGAUCGAGAAGGAGAUAAGGGUCACGGAUUUUAUCUCGACAUCGAAGGCUGGAUAUUUCAUCUUCGAAGGUCGGAUUCUGACCUAUACCUCCGAUAUGGCCAUUGAUGACAUCUCCUUGGGACCGUGUUCUGGUAACAGUUUUUAUAAAGGCCUUUGCCGAAUUCAAGAAUGAUUGAUGAUUAAUU